CUGCAGCAGGAGGUGUGGAAGGCUUUGAGGAGCCAGCUACUGUGGGAAAGGUCACCCUUCACUCUCUGGACUUUUGGGCGAUUUCUUCCAAGUGGCUCUUCAAGCGCAAGACGGACGCCGACGGCAACAUUGAGCGCUACAAGAGCAGACUUGUAGCCAAGGGGUACCAGCAGCAGGAGAAGAAGGACUACAAUGAAUUAGAGGUUGUGUGGCAGCGGCGUUUGCUAGCUGAAUUGGGGGAGGAGCAGCAAGGACCUACCCCACUCUACUGUGAUAGCCAUGGUGCUAUUGCAUUGGCUAAGAACCCCGUUCUUCAUGGCCUUACCAAGCACAUGAAGGUGAAGUGGCAUUGGGGCACUCACCACACCAGUGGAGCGACGCACCACCCUCCAUUCAUCCUGUCGCUUCGCCCAGCCGCCGCCUGUCGUCUUGGCUUGCGGCGGCUUCCGUCAGCCAUUCGCGCCCCCCGCUCCGCGCUACCGGCGGAUCCACUCCAAGCGAGUGCUCGAGUUCCGCCACGCGCGGUACAGCGCGCUGCCGGCGCGUCGCGUGCGCUGUCCUCUCAGCUGCUGCCAGCGUGCGCGGCUCCGCCAUCCGCCGCCAUGCUCAACGCCGUCGCCCUUCAAGGGGUUCUCGCAGCAUCGUCGUCGCCGCUUAUCGCGUGCCGUGCUGCGGCGCUGCCGUCGUCGCACGCCACCGUGCGAGGGGCCUCUGGCAACCGGCUCGCUCUCUACGCCACCCCACUGGCGACCCUUCCGGUCCUGCCGCAAACCCUAGCAAGCCGAUCCGCCAUGCAAGCCUUGGGGUUUCGACUCUCGUUGUUCGCGGGACGGGGUUUAGCAGUGGCGCGCUGGCCAGCGGGGCUGGGGCUAGAGCUUCGCCCCGCGGCCGCCGCCUCCCAUGGCGCGCGGAGCCCGCCGAGGCUUUCCACCUCCGCGGCUGCGGCGUCCGCCUCGCAGGGCGGGCCGACGGGGCAGGCAGGGGGAAGGUGGGGGGCAGGCGGAAGGCAGGAAGCGGGCAGCAGCGUGGAUUUCAGGGAGCGGGGCAGUAGUGGAGUGGGGGGAGGGCAGGUGCGCGGAGGGUGGCGAGGGCCACGCGGGGAGAGCAGGGAGCGCUGGGCGGCGGGUGGUGAAGGGGGAGUGGACGCAACGAGUGGGGGCGUUGGCGUGGCAAGCGGUGAGUUUGGGGCGCAGGCAGAGCGGAUGAGGGCAGGUGGGCGGGCCGGCGGGCGGGGGAACGCGUGGCGGGACUCGAGGAGCGGAAGGGCUGAUAGGGGGGUGGGAAGCGAGAGGAGCGGGAGCGAGUCUGGUUUGAGGGGAGAAGGCGAGAGGCCAGGGGCGGAUAGGUGGAGGGCGAGCGGAGGGGGGCGAUGGAGGGAGGGAGGGCAGGGAGGGAAGGGAGGCGCACCUGCGUGGGAUGGAGUCGCGCGCCCGUCUCGGUGGGAUGGGGACGGCGCCAGGUCAGCUGAUGACGUGGAGCGCUACAAUUCGCCAGCAAUGGGAGAUGGGGGCACGCGCUUCCCAUGGGAGGAGGGCUCUGAAGGGGGCGAGCGAUGGGGGCAAGGCGGAGGGGGGAGGGGGCGGGAGGGGCGGGAUGAGGGCGCAGGCAGGGGGAAGCGCGCGUAUGUGGCUGCACAGGACGGGUGGCGGGGCGUGGCAGGGGGGGAGCAGCAGGGGGGGGAGUUCCCGUGGCUGGGGAGGGGGAGGGAGGGGGGGACAGGGGGAGGGGCGCAAGGGGAGCAGAUGGGUGUGCGGGAGAGGCGGGUGCGGCAGCCGUGGCUGGCGGAGGUGAGUCUGCCGCCCAGUGAGCUGAGGCGGCUGCGGGCGGCAGUGAUGGUGCUGCGGCAGCCAGUGAAGGUGGGGCGGCAGGGCGUGACGGACGGCAUCGUGGCGGCGGUGCGGGCGAGGUGGCGCGCCGGGCACGAGGUGGUGAAGGUGCGGUGCGAGGGGGCACCCGCCUUCAACAUGCGGCACACGCAUGAGGAGAUGGAGCGUCUGACGGGCGGCAUGGUGGUGUGGCGGGCAGGGGCAGCGCUCGCAGUGUACCGUGGCGCGCGGUGGGGCGAGGGAGGGCAGGGAGAGGGGCGGGGAAAGGGGCAGGGAGAGGGGCAGGCAGCGGACAUGGGUUUGGGGGAGGAAGAGGAGUUGGAGAGUGGAGGUGUGAGGGAGGAGGCAAGGGGAUUGCUCACGAGCCAACGGGGUGUAGGGGGAGAGGGAGAAGUAGCGGGAGGGGGAGAGUUAGAGGGAGAGGGAUGGGCAGAGGGAGGGGUGGAGGGAGGGGUGGAGGGAGGGGUGGAGGGAGGGGUGGAGGGAGAUGGAGGAGAGAGUGACGGAGCAGUGGCAGCACGUGAGGCAGCGCCUGGCAGCAGCGAGGGGCGCCAAGUGCGUGGCGCGGUGGGAGCAGCAGAGGAGGACGUGACGGCAGGGCUGGGCCCCAAGGUGCAGGCGUGGGACCGCCCGGGCCACGCCCCCGUGGAUGCGGACCUGCUGCUGGGCGAGCGGGCAGCGGUGGGGUACCGAGCGCCGUUCAGGCUGGUGCCGUAUGGCGUGAGCAGCAAGCUGAGCAACGAGGACAUGACCCGCCUGCGCCACAUUGCCAGGAAGCUGCCGCCCCACUUCAUGCUAGGGCGCAACCGCGGCCUGGAGGGGCUGGCGCGGGCGGUGGUGGCGCUGUGGGAACGCAGCGAGGUGGCCAAGAUAGGCGUGAAGCGCGGCGUGCAGAACACCAGCAACGAGCGCAUGGCGGAGGAGCUCAAGCGGCUGACGGGCGGGGUGCUGCUGUCACGCGACAAGUUCUUCAUCACGCUGUACCGCGGCAAGGACUUCCUGCCCGCCGCCCUCGCCGCCUCGCUGGCGUCGCGGCAGCAGCAGGCGCGGCAGAGCGCGGACGAGGAGGAGAGGGAGCGGCUGUUGGCGCUGCCCUCGCUGCUGCUGCCGCCGCUCUCGGGCCCGGGGCACAAGGAGGGGAGCGCAUGGGGAGCCUCGGCUGAGAGCGCAGGGCGCACAUCGGAGGGCGGGGGAGAGGCAGAGAGCAGGCAGAGCGCGGAGGGAGGGGAGGUUGAGGCGCAUGCGGUGGAGGAGGAGAGACAGCGCCGCAGGGAGGCCAUAGAGGCGUCCAGGCGGCUGGCCCUCGCACGCCAGAUAGAGCAGAAGCUGGCUCAGGCGCUGCGCAAGAAGGGGCGGGCGGAGGAGGAGCUGGUGAAGCUGCAGGCGGUGCUGCGGGCGGUGGAGGUGCCGGCGGACAGCGAGACGAUCACGGAGGAGGAGCGCCACAUGUUCACCAAGCUGGGCCAGAAGAUGAGGGCGUACCUCGAAAUGGGCAAGCGCGGGGUGUUUGCGGGGCUGGUGGAGAACAUGCAUCUGCACUGGAAGCACCGCGAGCUCGUCAAGAUCGUCUGCAAGGAGCGCGACCGCCGCGUGGUGGACGACGUGGCGGCGCUGCUGGCCGUGGAGAGUGGGGGUGUGCUGGUAGCGGUGGUGCCGGUGAAGAAGCACCACGCCAUCAUUGUGUACCGCGGCAAGAACUACUCGCGCCCGUCCGUGCUGCGCCCCAAGGGGCUGCUCACCAAGCGCCAGGCGCUCAAACGCGCCACCGAGGAGCAGAGGCGCGCGUCGCUGGAGGCACACAUGAGGGACCUCGAUGCCGCCAUCGUGCGCCUCUCAGAUGGACUGACGGAGGCAGAGAGAGGAGCGCAGGUGAAGCCUGGCGAAAUAGCGCCUCUCUCCCGCGCCUUCCUCCCCCCCUCGUCUCCAUCUCUCCACUCCACCAACACCGCUGGCAGCAGCAGCAGCAGCAGCAGCAGCGGCGGCGGCGGCAGCGGCAGCGGCAGCGUGGAGAGCGGCACAUGGGACGAGAUGAGGGAGGCACCCAUGGAUGCGCUGCCGUCUCUCUCCCCCGCGGACCCGACAGAAGCAGAGGCAGCAGAGAUUGAUGCACUCAUUGCUGCCAGCGUGCAGCCCGUGCUGCAGCAGGAGGAGGAGGAGGAGGAGAGGCAGAGGCAGCAGAGGGAGAGGGAGCAGGGGCGAGAGAGGCAGCGGGUGGGGAGGGAGGAGGUGAGGGAGCGGGCGCUAGUGGGCCCUCUCUUCAAGGCGCCUCCUCUCUCGCGCUCCCAGCGCCUGGAGCUGAGGCGAAGGGCUCUCACCCUCGACAAGACUGCCGCCUUCCAAGUUGGGCGCAGCAACGUGGUGGAGGGGUUGGCGCGGGCCAUCCGCCUGCACUUCACGCGCCAUGCGCUGGUCAAGGUGGGCGUCAGAGGCAGGGCAGCGGGCACGCCAGUGGACGAGAUUGUCAAGCAGCUCGAGGAGGCAACGGGGGGCGUGUUUGUGGCGCGCGAGCCGUCCAAGGUGGUGCUGUACCGCGGGUGGGGCGAGGGCGAGCCCGCCCCCUGGGAAGGGCCGCGGGUGAUGCAGGUGUCCCACGAGAUGGUGGCCGCCAUGCAGAGCGAGGCGGGCAGUGACCUGGGCGUGGAGGGCGUGGAGGGCAUGGAGGGCACUGAGAGUGACGAGGAGGAGGUAGAGGGGGAGGGGGAGUCAUGGACAGACCAGUUCGACCAAUAUGACACCGCAUUGCCCAAGGAAGAUGCACUGAUUCAUGGCCAACAGCAAAGUGGAUCUCAUCAACCGGAUUUGCCAGGUUAUUCCAAUGCAAAGGCACAAUGAGGCACGCAUUUUCUUGAGUUUCCCUAGUCAUGUUCAUGUUGAAUGCUGCAAGCAAGAUGGUGUAGUGUUUCAUUGACCAAUAGUGAUUCUUUGGUAACGAGUCCAAUUUGGUGUGCCUUGG